AUGACGAGAUGGUCAUCUACAUCCCGUCUGGCUCCAGAAGGAGCUCCGCGAUCACACUCUUCCACUGAAGACUUUGAGCUCCGAGCUGCUCUGGAGGAAAGCAGCACGAGGAGAGCAGAGCUCACCCAGAAGCUCAGAGAGGCCAGAGGUCACCUGGAUGCUCAGACAGACCUUCUGAAAACCACGGGAUCUCAGCUUCAACACAGCCAGAGCAUCUCAAACGUCCUGGACAUGAAGCACAAGCAGCUGUCAGAAGCAGUGAGUGCUCUUGAACAAGACAAGGAAGCUGCAGAGCUGAGCCGAUUUGAGGAAAGCCGCCGUCGAGGGGAAUUACAUGACAAAGUUCUGCAGCUUGAGUUGGACAUGUUAAAGAUGAGGUCUGACCUGGAGAGAAGAAGUCCAGCCUCUUCACCAAACCCUCUCAGCAGAACUCUGCCCGCUGCAAAAGACCAAACCCUCAGAGAGGAACAGAGGCAGGCUGAGAAAGAGAUGAAGAAGCUCAGAGAAGCUCUCAGAAAAGCAGAGGAGAGAACAGACGAGCUGGAGUAUGAGAAAGAGAGCGCACUGAGACAGCUCCGCUCCUCUGAAGAGUUAAAGUUACAGUUAAUGUACAAAACUGAAGCUGAGGUUUCGAGAUUUGAUUUAAAAAGCACGCAAACAUUUACACAGAGGAAACAUGAGGCAAUUAACCAAGCAGAAGAGUUGGAGCAAAGCCUGAGCAGCUCCAUCCAGACCCAGAAAGAGCUAGAGGACCAGCUGAAUGAGUCCCGCAGCCGUCUGGGACAAAUGGAGCUGGAAAAAGACCUGUUCUCCACUAAAACCCAGAGACUAGAAGACAAUCUGAGUGACUUAAAGAUCAAACUAUCCGGAGCUUUAAUGGACAAAGACCGUCUUGUCCAGGAGAAAGCAGAGCUCCAUCAGAGGGUCCAGGCUUUGGAUCUGCAGCUGCAGAGAGAGCAGAGGAGCAGACAGGGCUUCAGUGAGCAGGUGUGUGAGCUGCAUGCUGAGCUGUCUCAUGCUAAGAGCCAGAACGACAAGCAGAAGAUGGAAACCAUGUUGAUGAAGGAGGAGCUGCUUUCCAUUAAAGAGUUGAACGAAAAGCUGUCAUCUGAUCUGACCAAAGCUACGGAGAGACUACAAGUGACUCUUAACCAGCUACACGAGCUGGAGGCAGAGAAACUGAUCCAAACCAAUCAGAUCGCGGCACUGGACACUGAGCGCUUGCAGCUGAUAGGAGAGAAAGAGGAACUGAGGAAAACAUUUGAUGAUGGACUUCAUGAGAAGAUGAUAGAGCUGGGAGAGAGAUGCUGCCAGCACAGAUAUUUUUUUUUUGGCUCUGAUCCAAGUUAUUUCUUCCAUAUAUACAGAGAAUUGCAGGACAAUCUAGAACAAGAAAAUCAGGCUCUGCAUUUAAAAUGUCAAGACCUGGAAAAAAAAGUCCAAAUCUCGGAGGCGGGGUAUAAGCAUAAAGAGGAGGAGCAACAGCAAAUGAGGGCGGAGUUUGAGCAGGAAAAGGAGGAGCUGAGGAAACUGGCUGCUCACUGGAAUGAGAGGUGGCUGGAUGUGGCGAUGACGUUAUGCUCAACACAAACAGAACUCAAUGAGCUCAAGAGUCAACAGCAAGUGAAUGACAAAGUGAUGUCCAAGGUGGUGGAUGGAGAGUUGGUGCAGGUGAAGGACAUGCUGAGGAUCAGAGACACUGAGCUGGAGGAACAGCUGGAAGAACAGCUGGAGGAGCUGCGGUCUGCUCACCAUCAGGAGUCACAACAGAGCAGUGAGGUCCAGAGGUUGGAGCAGCUUCUUGCAAAGAGAGAUCAGGAAAUUAAAGAGAAGGAUCAAGAUCUGAAGAACCUGGAGAUCCAGAGGAUAAGACAGAAAGCAGAGGCUCAGAUCAAGAUAUCCGCCCUGGAGCAGGAGAUUUUUGGACACAAAGGUCUGCUGUCGAGAAAGGAAGUGGUCAGUGAAAGCAGUCCUGAGGACUUAGAGUCACUGAAGGCCCUGCUAAAAGAAAGCAGAAGGCGAGCAGAAACGCUUGAGCAGGAAAGAGACCGAGCCUUACACAAACUGCAGGAUCUUGAAGCUCCCCGGCAGGGCAAAACAGAGAAAGAAUCUCCAUUAGAGACUAAAAAACACAAACCCACGGCCUCAGACCUUGUAGAUCCGGACCAACAGAGGAGGCUGGUCACCGAGCAGCUGAAAAGUCUGUUCAGAGAGAGAGAGCGGUGUGGAGAGAGGUCUCCAGUUUUCACAAGAAGAUCUGGUUUGGUCGACAGCAGGGUCCAAAACGCUACAAGUACUAAAACCUGGAAUGCUCUUGACACAUUAAACCAUCAGGGAAGAAAAACACAGAAGCUGGAGCAGGAACUCCAGCAGGGGGCAGCCAAGAGGUCCUCAUCCCAGAUCUCAGUCUCUCAAGAGGGGAUCAAGGAAUUUGGAGAAAGAGGAGGAGAAGAAACAGCCCACCAAUCUGAAGAACCACAGCAAAACAACCAAGCCAAAGUAAUAUCUCUUCAACCAAACUUACAACAGGACAAAUUGCCCCUGGGCUGCAGUGAUGGAACAUUCCUUGCAAGGCAGGUUGAGCUUUGUGACCCAGAUUUGGAAUAUUCGGAAGGGUCCAUUUGAAGAGGAGAGGGGAGCCAGCAUCUGGAGUGACAAUAAUCCAUUGUUAAAAUCUAUAAUGCACUGACAGUUUCUUUAUUAAUUGCCAUUUAUUAUAAAUUACACAGUACAGCUAAACUGUUUAGCUUCCAACUUUGAGGUAAAUUUAAAUACACACACACACAAAACAACGUCAUAUGAAACAGACUAUAUUUAUUAAUCUUUGCAAUUAUCUAAUUUUCCCAUAAAUGCUGACUUUUUUUUUUUGUCUUGAAUGCCAGUUACAGGUUAUUUUCCAAAGGAUUUAUUUAGAGAUAUUUGAUUUCAUACAUACAACAGUAGCAGUUUAUACAACAGUAACAUAAUAAUAAUUAAUUGUAGUAUUUAGUUCUAGAUAUUUAAAGAGAUUCAGUCAAAAAUGUCUUCUAACAUUGGAUACAGAAUGCCAGUAUAAUAAAGGUCAUUAAUAUCUGUCCAUGGUUGGGUCAGACUUGA